AUGCUAGAGGAUUAUGUAGACAUAUGUGUUAGUGAGAUUUAUGCUGGUAAUCGUCCGGGAACCCAUUUUAAUAAGAUAGGGUGGAAAAAUGUGGUUAAUAAGUUUAGCGAGAAAAUUGGUAAAGAAUUUUGCUAUAAACAACUAAAGAAUAAGUGGGAUAGUUUAAAAAAGGAUUGGAACAUUUGGACGAAAUUAGUAGGAAAGGAAACUGGCCUUGGAUGGGAUCCGGUGAAGAAGACAAUUGACGCUACGGAUGAGUGGUGGGAUAAAAAGUUACAGGAAAUUCCAGAAGCGGCUAAGUUUCGAAAUGUAGGUUUAGCUCAUAUUUCCAAGUUGGAUAUAAUGUUUAGGGGUAUAACUGCCACUGGUGAGGGAGCUUGGGCCCCAUCCUUUGGAUUGGAUUUUGAAGAUGCAGUAAGAUUUGAUCAGGAUAACGAUGUGAUGUUAGACGUAGAAGAGAUUGAUGACUCAGAUGAUGAACCUGGUGAUAUUCAUGCAGAUUUAGACACUCAAAUGAAAGAAUCUAAACGGGCUACACCUGCAAUCCAAGAUAGGAAAAGGAAAAAAGGAAUUCAAAUAUUUGAUCAACAUUUCACACGUCUUUGUGAUGUUCUUGAAAAGCGGGUUACAACAUCAUCCUCUGAUAAACCUGGCCGUAGCAUUGAUGAGGUUAUGGCUGUUGUACGAGAGUUAGCUGAGAUAGAAAAUGACUGA